AUGGCCAUAAAAAGAUCUCUCUCUACUACGGAUGUGGAAGGAUUGGGUCACGAGGACAAAUUAUCAAAAUUAAUUAUGCAGCGUAAUAAGAGACUAAGAGAAGAGGACUUACCGACUGAAUUCGUCAAAUUUAAGGAAGAGAUGAGAGACUUAAUUACGAUCUUAGUAGCUCCUCAGACUGCACAAUUUAGAGAAAUCAAAGGUGAAUUGCAAUCGAUUAAGGAUACAAAUGCUAAUAUCGAUUCAUCAAUAUUAUUACUUACCGCUCAGAACAAGGAACUCUGCAAGAAAGUAGAAAAACUACUAAACUCUGGAAGUGCAAGCUAA